CGUGAUCGUGAUGGUCGGUAUUUCGGUAUACGGUUUGGUCGGAUUGCUCUCAGGACCCAGACUGUCAACAGGCCACGGGCUUUCUUGUUAAGGACUCUUGUCACUCUUGAGUUCUGUCGUUCAAAGCGUUGUCGGCGCCGACGCAUCGAGCUCAUCUCAUCUUGUAAAUUGAAAUUUUUAUGAUUUUCCAAAUGUCUUUCAAUCGAUCAUCGCCGAACACUGCCUUAUGAAACUAUAGCUGAUAUUCGUAACGAACCACUCACCUUUAGCUCAUCUAGAUUGUUACUUUAAAAUUUCGAUCAGUUCGUGGUUCAAACACCUAUUAAUAUAUUAUAUCGCGUGUGAUAAAUCGAGUUUAAUUUCAUCGCAAGAUCACUUGGCCCAGACAGCAUACUCUAGUCUGCCCUAGUCUACACGUAAAUUGGUGUGGACGUAUGGUUCAAUUCUGUCGACGAUACUCAGUGUGGUUCGCAGACCUAUUGCCUCUACUGAUCAGUACUUGCCGCUUGGUUCGUACUAAGUUGAAUUAAACAAAAAUUUAAAAUGGAUGACUACAGUUUAUGUCCAUGUGUGCGUAUUGAAAACCCUAAAGACCGUGUAUGUUUUUCCAAUGAUUGCGAUAAGCGUACUGUAUUUACAUUAAGUAAAUUUGCGUAUUAUGCUUGUAUUGACAUUCAAAGAAAAGAGUAUAACAGAAUUAGGAAUGCACCAGAAGUCGAUAUACAAAACUGUUGUCGCCAAAUAUUUCAUACCAUUAAAAGAAACAUUGAUUUGCCAUAUGAUCCAACUCAUUUAGAUUGUCUCUUUGUAUAUCGAGAGAGCUUUAGAGUAGCAUGUUUUGAAGCUGCAAGAGUUGGACAUAUGGACUGUUUGAGAUUUGCUCACGAAAAUGGAUUUGAAUGGAACUAUAAAACAUGCAAGAGAGCUGCAAAAAAUGGACAUUUAGAUUGUUUAAAAUAUGCCCAUGAGCAUGGAUGUCCAUAUGGCAAUAAUGUUUUAAAAGACUCUGCCAAAGGUGGACACUUAGAGUGUAUGAAGUACUUGUAUGAAACUGGAUGUAAGUUGACAAUGUUUGCAUGCACUGCUGCUGCAGAAGGUGGUUUUCUACAAUGUUUAAAGUAUGCUCAUGAAAUUGGAUGUCCAUGGGGAAUAAAAACAUGCACCAAAGCUGCAGCUGGUGGUUACUUGGAUUGUUUAAAAUAUGCACAUAAGAACGGAAGUGUCUUAACCUCAAAAACAUGUGCAGCUGCAGCAAGAGGUGGACAUUUGAAAUGUUUAAAAUAUGCACAUAAAAAUAGAUGUAGAUGGGACGAAGAAACAUCAAAUAAUGCCGCACUUGGCGGACAUUUUGAGUGUCUAGUGUAUGCACAAAAACAUGGAUGUCCGUUGGGUCUAAAUAUUUUGGAAAAGGCUGCAAUAGGAGGAAACGAGUAUUGUAUGAGAUACUUGUAUAAAUUAGGAUGUCAAAUAGGAAGAUUAACCUGUGCUACUGCUGCAAAACACGGGAACUUGCAAUGCUUGAAAUUUUGCCAUAAAAUUGGAUGUGAAUGGGGAAGACAUGUGUGCACCAAAGCUGCAGCUGGUGGCCACUUAUCAUGUCUCAUGUAUGCCCAUGAUCAUGGUUGUAUUAUGUCCUCUAACACGUGCACAGCUGCUGCAAGAGAUGAACAUCUAGAAUGUUUAGAAUAUAGCCGUCAGUUUGUAAACUGAAUCGUUUGGAAUCAAUAAAUUUCUUACGGGAUGCCGCUUUAAAACUCGGUGCAGAAAAUACUCGUAAACACUUAGUACCAUAUCUUACUCAUCUUAUUGUUGCUG